GCAGCCCAGCCCAACAAAAACAGAAAACCCUAAUCCCUUUGUUCUCCCCUCUGCAGAACUCAUUCCCCACUUUUCAGGCUUCUUCUUUCUCUCGCCGCCGCUCUCCUCUACCGCUACUUUCUUUGGUUACUCGAAUUCGAAGCUUGCGAAGGAGUUUGAGAGGCAGAUCCGUGUUCUGUGAUCGACUUUGAGAGAGAGAAUGGCUUCUCGUUUCUGGACCCAGGGUGGCAGUGGUAGUGAUACUGAAGCGGAUGAGAGUGAAUAUGAUGAGGAGAUUGAUGACACAAUUGAUAAAAACCAAACUAAUAGAAGCAGAUACCUGGAAGAGAAUGCCAGUGACAGUGAUGAUUCUGGCGACCAAAAGCGUAUUGUCAGGUCGGCUAAAGACAAGCGUUUUGAGGAGAUGUCUGCUACUGUGGAUCAGAUGAAAAAUGCAAUGAAGAUCAAUGACUGGGUUAGCCUGCAGGAGAGUUUUGAUAAGAUAAAUAAGCAGCUUGAGAAAGUCAUGCGUGUCACCGAGUCUGAGAAGGUUCCACCUCUUUAUAUCAAAGCACUUGUGAUGCUAGAGGACUUCCUAAAUCAAGCCAUGGCUAAUAAGGAAGCUAAGAAGAAAAUGAGUACUAGCAAUGCUAAGGCCUUGAAUUCAAUGAAACAGAAGCUGAAGAAGAACAAUAAGCAAUAUGAAGAGUUAAUUACUAAGUAUAGGGAGAAUCCUGAGAUUGAGGAAGAAAAAGAGGAGGAGGAGGAGACAGAGGAGGAGGAGGAGGAUGAUGAUUCUGAAAUUGAGGAUCCUUCUAAAAUCAUGUCAGGUUCAGAAGAUGAAGAAGAAGAUGACGACGAUCAUGAGGAUGACCCGGAUCAUGGUGGUGGUGCAUGGGUGAAAAAGAUGAGCAAAAAAGAUAAGCUCAUGGAUAAGCAGUUUAUGAAGGAUCCUAGUGRGAUCACAUGGGAUACUGUCAACAAGAAAUUUAAAGAGGUUGUAGCUGCUCGCGGUAGGAAGGGAACUGGAAGAUUUGAGCAGGUUGAGCAGCUUACCUUCUUAACAAAAGUUGCUAAGACCCCUGCACAGAAGCUUGAGAUUUUGUUCAGUGUUAUAUCUGCCCAAUUUGAUGUAAAUCCUGGUCUCAGUGGGCACAUGCCUAUCAAUGUGUGGAAGAAGUGUGUGCAAAAUAUGCUUUCUAUAAUCGACAUUCUUGUACAGAAUUCUAACAUCAUGGUGGAUGAUAUGGUUGAACCUGAUGAAAAUGAGAGCCAGAAGCCAGYGGACUAUAAGGGCACAAUUCGUGUUUGGGGAAACUUGGUUGCUUUUGUUGAGAGGAUAGACACUGAGUUUUUUAAGAGUUUGCAGUGUAUUGAUCCACAUACACGUGAGUAUGUUGAAAGACUUAGAGAUGAGCCAAUGUUUAUGGUUCUCGCCCAAAAUGUUCAAGAAUAUUUGGAACGAGUUGGGGAUUACAAAGCAGCUUCAAAAGUUGCCUUAAGGCGUGUUGAAUUAAUCUAUUACAAACCACAAGGGGUCUAUGAUGCCAUGAGAAAGCUUGCAGAGCUGUCAGAAGAUGGAGAUGGUGGAGAUGCAAGUGAGGAGGCUAAAGUAGUAGRAGAGAGUAGGGGCCCUGCGGCAUUUAUUGUUACUCCGGAGAUCGUACCUCGCAAACCCACCUUUCCAGAGAGUAGUAGGGGGUUUAUGGACAUUCUGGUGACCCUCAUAUACCAAUAUGGAGAUGAGCGGACUAAAGCACGAGCUAUGCUCUGUGAUAUCUAUCACCAUGCUCUCUUGGAUGAAUUUUAUAUUUCUCGCGACUUGUUACUGAUGAGUCAUUUACAAGAUAGUAUUCAACACUUGGACAUUUCAACACAGAUCCUUUUCAACAGGGCAAUGGCUCAACUUGGUCUAUGUGGAUUUCGGGUUGGCUUGAUAAAUGAAGGGCAUGGCUGCCUUUCAGAAUUAUAUUCUGGUGGAAGGGUGAAGGAAUUGCUUGCACAAGGAGUCUCACAAAGCCGAUAUCACGAAAAGACUCCAGAACAGGAAAGGCUUGAAAGAAGAAGGCAGAUGCCUUACCACAUGCACAUAAAUCUUGAGCUCCUGGAGGCUGUGCAUUUAAUAUGUGCUAUGCUGCUGGAAGUUCCCAACAUGGCAGGCAAUGUUCAUGAUGCAAAGCGCAAGGUUAUUAGUAAGAACUUUAGACGGUUACUCGAGGUGAGUGAGAGACAAACGUUCACUGGUCCUCCUGAGAAUGUCAGAGAUCAUGUAAUGGCUGCUACCCGAGCCCUUCGCAAGGGUGAUUUCCAGAAGGCUUUCGAUGUCAUUGCAUCACUAGAUGUAUGGAAACUACUUAGAAAUCGUGAUGAAGUGCUGGAAAUGGUUAAAGGAAAGAUCAAGGAAGAGGCUUUGAGGACUUACCUUCUCACAUACUCUUCUUCUUACGAUUCUCUGAGUUCAGACCAUCUCACCCGAAUGUUUGACCUUGCAGAGGGUCAAACACACAGUAUUGUUAGCAAGAUGAUGAUCAAUGAGGAGCUUCAUGCAAGUUGGGAUCAGCCUAGUGGGUGUGUUAUCUUCCACGACGUUAAGCACACCCGGUUACAGGGCCUGGCAUUCCAGUUGGCAGAUAAGCUGUCAAUCCUUGCUGAAACUAAUGAGAGGGCAGUGGAGGCGAGAAUUGGAGGAGGAGGAUUAGAUUUACCCAUGAGGAGAAGAGACAACCAAGAAUAUGCUUCUGGAGCUGGAGGCGGGGGUAGCAGGUGGCCGGACAACACUUAUAAUCAUGGCAGGCAAGGUGGUGGUAGUUCGCGGGCAGGAUAUAGCAGCGGAGGGCGAGGCCAAGGCGGGGUUGGUGGAUAUUCUAGAGACCACCGGACAGGGCAGUCACGAGGAGGCAAUGCAGGGUACCAGAGCACCCGUUACCAAGAUGCCGCAUAUGGAUCGGGGAGGACUGCUUAUCAGUCUGGUUCUGUUAGAGGAUCCCAGAUGGAUGCUUCAGCUCGUAUGGUCAGCCUCAACAAAGGGGUUCAUGCUUAAUGAAACAUUCAUAGUGUUUUGCUUCCGUGCGUAACGAAAAAGCCGAAAUUCGUGGGUGCACUUAAGAACUUUACCAGUGACUUUCUAUUUAGCUUUUUUUUUUUUUUUUUUACUUUUGAACUGAGAUCUGCUUUUCAAUGUUUCUAAAGGAGAUGUUAUAUCAUUUUUUUGACCUUUUAUGAAUAUGAAUUGUUAUCUGCA